CGCUCGCGUUGCGUCAUGUCGAUCCAUGAUAAGAAUGUGCUUCUGUCAGGAUCUUCCCGGCUGCACUUUCCCAUGUCACGUUGUUUCAGGAAUUUCGCUCCACGACCCUUGCCAGCGGCCGCGCGCGCGCACUAUAAAAGCGCGUCUCCGCGGCGCUUCUCUUACUUUCCCGGAUCAGAAGUGCUGCAUGUCCCAGAGAUUCGAGGCCAAAACCCGUACAACAUGUUGCGUGUCAGAUGCCUGAGAGGAGGAAGCCGCGGAGCAGAAGCCGCACAUCUCAUCGGCGCUAUGGUGGGUCGCGCGAUGUCUGGAUGGGUCCAGCGCGCGUUCCGCAGCACCUCGAGCUCCGCCGCUGCGCCGCUGCCGCUCACCGUGGAGGAGCCCGUUACUGAGCACGCGCCCGAGGAGUGCCCCGUGUGUGCGUACAACGAGUGGGACCCGCUCGAGGAAGUGAUCGUGGGACGUGCCGAGAACGCGUGUGUCCCUCCGUUUACCGUGGAGGUCAAGGCCAACACCUAUGAGAAAUAUUGGCCCUUCUACCAGAAGUUUGGUGGACAGACAUUCCCGAAGGACCACGUGAAGAAAGCAGUUGCUGAAAUUGAGGAAAUGUGCAAUAUUUUGCGUCACGAGGGUGUUACCGUGACCAGACCAGAACCGAUCGACUGGUCGCUCGAAUACAAGACUCCAGACUUUACCUCCACAGGCAUGUACGCGGCCAUGCCGAGAGAUAUCCUAAUAGUGGUGGGAAAUGAGAUAAUCGAGGCACCGAUGGCCUGGAGGGCUCGCUUCUUUGAGUAUCGUGCGUAUCGGCCCCUCAUUAAGGAGUACUUUAGGCGUGGAGCCAAGUGGACCACGGCACCCAAACCCACCAUGGCAGACGAGCUUUACGACCAGGAAUAUCCUAUUCGUACAGUGGAGGACAGACAUAAGCUGGCUGCUCAGGGGAAAUUUGUCACCACAGAAUUUGAGCCGUGUUUCGACGCUGCAGACUUCAUCAGAGCUGGCACUGAUAUUUUUGUACAGAGGAGUCAGGUUACAAACUUCAUGGGCAUUGAGUGGAUGAGGCGUCAUCUUGCCCCUACCUACAAGAUUCACAUCAUCUCCUUCAAAGACCCAAACCCCAUGCACAUCGACGCCACGUUCAACAUCAUCGGACCAGGGCUGGUGCUGUCCAAUCCGGAUCGACCCUGCCGGCAGAUCGAGAUGUUUAAGAAGGCCGGUUGGACUGUGGUCACCCCUCCAACUCCUCUUAUUCCAGAUGAUCAUCCAUUGUGGAUGUCGUCCAAAUGGCUCUCAAUGAACGUCCUGAUGCUGGAUGAGAAGCGCGUCAUGGUGGACGCCAAUGAGACGGGCAUCCAGAAAAUGUUUGAAAAUCUUGGUAUUAAGACCGUUAAGGUGAGCAUCCGACAUGCCAACUCCCUGGGCGGAGGGUUUCACUGCUGGACGACAGACGUCCGUCGACGCGGCGACCUCCGGUCUUACUUCCUCUAGCCUGCCAGAGAGACGCAGUUCUUAUUGAGCUCAGCUCUGAGCUCCCGCGACGGACGGCUUGAUAGCGCUGUGCAUGUCAGGGCUUUAGCAAAUCAAUCGAAUGAAUGUAAUGACUAGAAACCUCAGUGAUCUCAAUAACAACUGCAACUCUGGCCGGCUGUUGUAGUGACUCCAGUGAAGCAGACAGAGCCCCAAAACCACCACACACACGUCAGCAUGACCAUUAAACACAAGAGUUUCUACCUCCUUUAUACCACUUAGAAAAAGAUGAUGUUUUAUGACUUCUUAUAUAAUCAUUUUGAUGACGUAACUUUUUACCCUACUUGCAGUGUUGUAGCAAACUCAGGUAUUUUUCUAGUCGUAUUACAGUGAUUUUUAAGACCUUUCUCAAAACUGUAAAUAUAUAAAUAUAUAUGUAUACAUAUGUGCCUUUGUUUUGGCAUAUAUAUACUGUUGAUGAAAGCUUUGGUUUUAGUAAUGAAAUUGAUGCCUCACUUCAUCAACAAAACAUUUGAUUGUUGAAAAGUUGAAAAUGAUCUUUAAUAAAUCAGUUGCAGCUGCAUUACUCGUCUGAUAAAACGCAUAUUGGCUGUGUCUCGCUUCGCAGGUUGCGUCCUCUAGAUAGACGUUGCAUUCUAAGGUUGCAUGCGUCAUUGAGGCGGUCUCAUUUCAGAAAUGUAAGUUGGACUCUCUGGAGGCGACCUUCGAAUGUGCUUUUAUUUCACAGGAUUUCGGAGGAUACAUGAGGUGUAUCAUUUGCUGCUGCAGAUAGCCCACAAUUCUUUGCGUUGACGUCAACAACCGUUUAUUUGAAAAAGAUUACAUAAAUGUAAGUUAUAAUUAUUAGCUUAUUACCCUAUUAAACUUACCUUAAAUCUUAAAGAUAAAUUUGGUUCUUCUUAAUAUCCUCCUCCUUUGCCUCUGUAACAGAUAUCUGUUGUGCAUUCGCCUCAACUUCUCAAGCACAACCCCAAAUAAAAUAAGCAAACACAUUUUCAUGUGAUAUUUCUUUCAAAAAAAAUAAAAAUUCACUCAUUCAUUUGCAGCGCCGUGAACGUGUUGGCAUAGCAACGUGAUACUUCCUGUUUGCUUUCCUGCUCGUGUGUCCUAUGAAGGACGUCUCGUUUAAUUCUGGUUAAGGGCUCUCUGUAGACCACAUCCUUCAGAGGAUACUGAAAUGAGACACAGCUCAUGGGUGCAUCCUAAUUCAGGGGCUGCGGCUCUCCGUAUAGAGGGUAUGCAACAAAGUCACUUUUCCACGUGACCAGACCAGAGGUCGCCCUGUUGAGUGGCAAAACAUUCAAAAAAAAUGGCUGCUGCGAAAACACCAGUAAAACUGACCAUCAUCAGCUUACAUUGAAUUUAGUUGGCCUAAACAGUGACCCUAAGAACAACCAGUAGUCAAUUGGCAUUUGGCCACACAUUGCUUUUCCUGACACAUAUGUUUGUCUUGUCUAACACUAUUAAACCAUCCCACCUUUGUAGAACACAAGGAUCAUCAUAAUGGAUGUUUUUUUAAUGAAGGCUCACUGACAAAACUUUGCAUGUAGACAGAAUAAGAGUGGUGUAUUUUCUAUAAGAUUGUUUUAUACCAAAAUUUUACAUACCUGACAUAUACUGCUACUGAUUUAUUUUUGUUGAAUCUGUUAGCACAGUCGAUCACACAACUACUUAUCCAUUUUAGACGCAUUUUCAUGCUAUGUUAAUCCUGUCGCUCAGACUUUUUGCCACUCAUUUGGGGUAACCGCAGUCACUUUCGCCAAAGGUCACGUCACAUGCAUACCCUCUAUUCUGGUUAAGGACUCUCUGUAGACCACAUCCUUUAGAGGAUGAGUCCUUGUGAGGAGACAACCUUCGAUAUUAAAUGAAAUGAGACACAGCUAUUGUUACCAAAAUCCUUCACAAUGGUGCUCCAGUCAGAUUUUAUCGCAAAAAACAAACCAUAGUAUUUUUCUAUUUCACACUCAUCAGUAUUUUCUAAGAAACAAAGCCAUUUCUAGGCACAACUGCUUUUAAAGAAACGUCUAACACAGGACGGAGAGAUAAGAAGAAGAUCAGAGUCUGUAGUGUGAGAAAGAAACCUCAACUCUCAUCUGCCGUUUACACUCAAACCAGGUCAAAUAAAUCCAAACAACGCUUCAAUCAUUAGAAAAGAUGAUGAAUGAAUUUGAGUUUGAGUUGCUCAUGAAGGCCUAUAAAACAAACACAUCUCUUUUUACCUGAAUAUCUUGUUAAACUGAUAGAAGCUCUGCAGAGCAUUUGAAGUGUGCUUGAAAACAGUUUUAAAGGUCGUUUCUGGUCAAUUUAAUACACUUUUAUUGGUGAAUGAAAGUAUGUUGUUAUAGUGAUAAGACGCUAGUGUUUCCAGCACAGUAUCUUAAAAACUGCAAAGGAGCUGAGUGAGUGCAAUAAAUGGUGACUCGUUAAUCGUCAUGCAAGUUUGCUGUUUAUUCUCUGUUUGUUUGUUUCGAUACAGCAAUAUAACAGUGAUUUUCCCUUAACGAAAGUGUUUUGUAUACAUCUGCCUCUGUAGUCAUUCACAAUAGCAGGAGUCGGGACGCUACGCUACGCUCUCGUGUGUAACUAAAACAUAUUCCCAGCAUCCAGGGAACAUUUUGCCUGAUUUUAGUUGUUUAUUUUUGUGUGUUGGGUUUGUGCUUUGAUUCUAGUUAAGCUUGUUGUGUGAAAUCACUCUUUUUAUCGUCACAUGAUCCCUUGUCAGGUCAAAAAAAAGUUUAAAUAAAGUUAAACUUGGAAACGA